AUGAAUCAAGAAAAUAAACGUACAAAAAUUGAUUAUGCUGCUCAAAAUGGUCGCCUUGAAGUAAUAAAAUAUUUACAUUCUAGAGGAUAUAAAGGAACAGAAUGGGCAAUUAAUUAUGCUGCAGCAAAUGGUUCUGAAUGUGCAAUUAAUUAUGCUGCAGUAAAUGAUGACCUUGAAAUUAUUAAAUAUUUACAUGAAUUAGGGUAUAAAGGAACAGAUCAAGCAAUUAUUAAUGCUGCAAUUAGGGGUUACCUUGAAGUAAUUAAAUAUUUACAUGAAUUAGGGUAUAAAUGUGUUAAAUGUGCAUUUAAUUCUGCUGCAAUGAAUGGUCAUCUUGAAGUAGUAAAAUAUUUACAUGAAUUAGGGUAUAAAGGUGAUGAAUUUGCGAUUAUUCAUGCUGCACAAUAUGGUCGCCUUGAAGUAAUAAAAUAUUUAUAUGAAUUUGGGUAUAAAUGUGACAAAUGGGCAAUUGAUUAUGCUGCAGAAUAUGGUGACCUUGAAGUAAUAAAAUAUUUACGUUCUAAAGGAUAUAAAUAA